GUGCGUUUCUCAUCCCCUAUUUGAUGAUGUUGGCUCUAGCUGGGAUCCCCAUUUUCUUCCUGGAAGUCUCCCUGGGGCAGUUUGCUAGUCAGGGCCCCGUGUCGGUCUGGAAAGCCAUCCCCGCCUUGCAAGGCUGCGGCAUUGCGAUGCUGAUCAUCUCGGUUCUAAUAGCCAUAUAUUACAAUAUUAUUCUGUGCUACACACUUUUCUACCUUUUUGCGUCCUUUGUACCUGUGCUACCUUGGGCUUCCUGUAACAACCCGUGGAACACGCCAGACUGUAAAGAUAAAAACAAACUUUUGUUAGAUUCCUGCAUUAUUGGUGACCACCCAAAAAUACAGAUCAAGAACUCUACUUUCUGUAUGAGUGCCUAUCCAAACUUGACUAUGGUUAACUUCACCAGUGAAGGAAACAAAACAUUUGUCAGUGGAAGUGAAGAAUACUUCAAGUACUUUGUGUUGAAGAUUUCGGCAGGGAUCGAGUAUCCUGGUGAGAUUAGAUGGCCCUUGGCACUAUCUCUUUUCCUAGCUUGGGUGAUUGUAUAUGCCUCCCUUGCUAAAGGAAUCAAGUCAUCAGGAAAAGUCGUGUACUUUACAGCCACGUUCCCCUAUGUAGUUCUCAUCAUCCUUCUUAUAAGAGGAGUAACUCUGCCUGGGGCUGGAGCUGGAAUCUGGUAUUUCAUCACGCCAAAGUGGGAGAAGCUAAUUGAUGCUAUGGUUUGGAAGGAUGCUGCCACUCAAAUUUUCUUCUCCUUAUCUGCAGCUUGGGGAGGUCUAAUUACUCUCUCUUCUUACAACAAAUUCCAUAAUAAUUGCUACAGGGACACACUGAUAGUCACGUGUACCAACAGUGCCACAAGUAUAUUUGCAGGCUUUGUCAUCUUCUCAGUUAUUGGCUUCAUGGCAAACGAGCUCAAAGUGAAUAUUGAAGCUGUGGCAGACCAAGGUCCUGGAAUUGCUUUUGUGGUUUACCCAGAAGCCUUAACUAGGCUUCCUCUCUCUCCAUUCUGGGCUAUAAUAUUCUUUUUGAUGCUUCUGACACUCGGAUUGGACACAAUGUUUGCCACUAUUGAGACUAUAGUGACCUCUGUUUCGGAUGAGUUCCCCAAAUACUUACGUACGCACAAGGCACUUUUCACUCUUGGGUGCUGCAUCUCCUUUUUCAUCAUGGGGUUUCCUAUGAUCACUCAGGGUGGAAUGUAUAUGUUGCAGCUUGUGGACACUUAUGCAGCUUCUUACUCUCUUGUCAUCAUUGCCAUCUUUGAGCUUGUUGGAGUUUCCUAUAUAUAUGGAUUGCAGAGAUUUUGUGAAGAUAUAGAAAUGAUGAUUGGAUUCCAGCCCAGUAAAUUCUGGAGAGUCUGUUGGGCGUUUGUGACCCCAACAAUUUUAACAUUUAUUCUUUGCUUCAGUUUUUACCAAUGGGAACCAAUGACUUAUGGAGCUUACCACUAUCCAGGCUGGUCCAUGGUGCUUGGGUGGCUGAUGCUGGCCUGCUCAGUUAUCUGGAUCCCAGUUAUGUUUGUGAUAAAAAUGCAUAUAGCCCCAGGCAAAUUUAUCGAGCGACUCAAGUUGGUGUGCUCUCCACAGCCUGACUGGGGUCCGUUUUUGGCCAAGCACCGUGGUGAACGUUACAUGAAUAUGAUUGAUCCGCUGGGAACCUCUUCCCUGGGACUUAAACUGCCGGUGAAGGAUAUAGAGCUGGGGACCCAAUGCUAA